AUCGUCCAAGGUGAGGAAACGCACCCUUAAUACUCUCGCGUUUCUAGUAGUCUGAGUCCUGCAAAUCUGAAGCCCACAAACGGCCGGUAUCAAGCUUCGGAUCAAAAGGCAAAACCGACAGACCUGUUUCAUUGAGUUGUUGCUCAUCUAAUAUCAUUCAUCAUGGCAGAUGAGGAACUUAUUGAUCAGAAAAAGUAUCUUGAGGAAUCUUGCAAGCCAAAGUGCGUGAAAUCUUUACUUGAAUAUCAGGCAUGUGUUAAGAGGAUUCAAGGAGAUGAAACUGGUCAUAAACACUGCACAGGACAAUACUUCGACUAUUGGUCAUGUGUUGACAAAUGUGUUGCAUCAAAGCUAUUUGUGAAACUCAAGUAACUGAGAAGUGGAGUUUUAUGAGCACCUUAUUCUCAUCUAGUGUUUCAUUACUUCCCAACAUUUUAAUUUCUUUUGUACUCAAAACUAGCCAUACUCGUAUGGUGCUAGUCCUCACCAACCGAUCAACCAUGACAUUUUUUGAACAGUGAAGAUUUCAAGUUAGAGAAAUAAAAGAGGGUUGAAGUGCACUUAGUUGAUGUUGGUUUUCUGAUAAUGUUGAAAGCCACAAGUUAUUUUUGGGUGAACAGUGAAGAUUCCAAGAUGGACAAAAUAAAAGAGGAUUCUAAUUUGAUUUAA